UGUAGACAGUACCUCACAGAAGACUUCGCUGUCUUCUAGCAUGGGGACCCUCUGGCACUUACAAUGCAUUUUAAUUUUAUUCUGUAUUUCAGGGCUGAAUACCACAGGGAUAAAACACAGACCAACUGGUGGCAUCAGAACAUGGGAUCCUGAAACAGCUUACCUCACUAGAUGUGAUUUUAACAACAACUCAAGGCCAUUUUGUGACUGGACCCAACCCUGCACUGUGAACCAGGGAGUGUGGAUACGAACCAAGCAUGAGACUCCAACAGAUGGAACAGGUCCUGAUGGAGACUAUCCUGAUGGAAAAGGCUAUUUCAUCUACCAAGAAGCAAGUAAUCUGAUCCCAUUCGACACUAACAGGCUUGAGAGCCCAGAUAUUGUGGUUUCUCAAAAGAUAUGCAUAGACUUCUGGUACUAUAUGUUUGGGUCAGAAGACAGGAAUGAACUGAGAGUGCUUAUCCAAGACAGCACAGGAGAGUUUAUGGCAUGGAGUCGGAAGGGAAACCAAAGUUCCUCUUGGAUUUAUGGUUCUGUCACACAUGCUUUCCCAACACAGAGAAAGAUAAAGGUCAUCUUUGAGGCCGUCCGAGGAUUGACAGAGUAUGCAGAUACAGCACUGGACAAUGUGAGAGUAAGGGAUGGAUCCUGUGAUGCCAUCAGCACCCCUGUACCACCAAUACCUACACCAACAGUACCUAUACCACCUGCUGCAAUAGAAGCGACUUGCACUAUACAUGGAGAUCCUCAUUAUUUAACUUUUGAUAAGCAGCGUCAUGACUUCAUGGGCACUUGCACCUACACACUCUCUAAGCUGUGUGAGAACAACAGCUCACUGCCCUACUUCAAUGUGGAAGCUGCCAAUGAACACAGAGGAAGCAACACUCGAGUGUCCUAUGUCCAAUCUGUGGACGUUGAUGUUUAUGGCUACAGGAUCAAUCUUGGUAAAAACAGAGUUGUUAAGGUUGAUGGAGUCAGCCAGAUACUCCCUCUGACCUUGGGCAAUAGUGUCAGUAUUUCCCUCAGUGGUCAGUAUGUUGUGGUUACUACUGACUUUGGGCUGAAGGUCAAGUUUGAUGGAGAUCACAGAGCAGAAAUCACUCUUCCCAGUAACUACACAUCAAAAGUCUGUGGGAUAUGUGGAAAUUAUAAUGGGGACAAAAAAGAUGACUUUCUUAACCCAGAUGGAGGGAUGGAAACAGACUCAGCCAGUCUUGGAAACAGUUGGCAAGUUUACAAUGACUCAAGGUGCUUGCCAGAUGAUGGCCAUACCCCAAAUUGCACUGCAGAUGAAAAACAUAUGAUCCAAAGCAAUGAAUACUGUGGUCUGAUCACUGAUCCCAGUGGUCCCUUUCAGAACUGUCACUCAGUAGUUGAUCCACAGAGCUAUUUUGAAGACUGCCAGUAUGAUCUCUGUGAGCUUCAUCUGAGCAGUGAAGCCCUCUGUCAAAUCCUGCAGGCUUAUGCAGAUAUGUGCCAAGCUGCGGGAGUCCAGCUGACACCAUGGAGAAAUGCAACCUUCUGCCCACUAGCCUGUCCAGCCAACAGCCACUAUGAGCCCUGUGCUGCAGCUUGCCCUGCUACAUGUGUGGACUCAAUGGCACCAUACAACUGCAGCUUGCCAUGCGUGGAGGGAUGCGUAUGCGACAGCGGGUACCUGCUCUACAACAAGCAGUGUGUGCCCAGCCAGCAGUGCGGGUGCUGGCACAACGGGCAGCACUACCCAGUGGGCUCAGAGUUCUGGACGGACAACACCUGCUCGUCUAAGUGCACGUGUCCCACACGGGGAGGCAAAGUCCAGUGCUCCAGUGCGUCGUGCCCCGCAGGCCAGUUCUGUGGAGUGCAGAAUGGGAAACCCGAGUGCAUGGAUCACUCCUACGGCAUCUGCCACGUCCACGGGGACCCUCACUACAACACCUUUGACAAGGUGACGCACAACUUCAUGGGGAACUGCACGUACACCCUGGCCAAAGUGUGCUCCAACACCUCCGUGCCCUACUUCAAUGUUGAGGCAAAGAACGAGCAUCGGGGCAACCCCCGAGUGUCCUACGUGCGUGAAGUCGUGGUCGACGUGUACGGAGAGCGCAUUACAAUACUCAAGCAGGAGAGGAGCCGAGUGCUGGUGAACGGUGAGUACCGGACCUUGCCAGUGAGCGCAGCAGGAGGAGCCAUCACCGUGAGAAGUAGCGGCCGCUACGUGGUCCUGGAGACAGACUUCGGCCUCCAAGUGUCCUACGACGCUGACCACUCGGUGGAGGUGAAGGUGCCCACCAGCUACUUCAACCUGACCUGUGGCAUGUGCGGGAACUUCAACAACCGGAGAGAGGACGAUUACAUGAUGCCAAAUGGGCAGCAAGCCGCAGACUCCAAUGCGCUGGGGGAGAGCUGGCAGGUCCCCAGCAGUGACCCCAGCUGCGGCGUGCCCCCACCACCAGAGCCCUGCCCUGCGGAUGACAAGAAGCUCUACGAGUCCGAGCAGUUCUGUGGCAUGCUGACAGCCAGACCAGGCUUUUUUGAGAGCUGCCACGGUGUGAUCAACCCACAGAGCUACUUUGAGACCUGCUCCUAUGACCUUUGUGCCAUGAGUGGUGCGCAGGAGGUGCUGUGUGGUGCGCUGGAAGCCUAUGCUGACGCAUGCCAGGCAGCUGGUGUGACUCUGCUCCCCUGGAGGAAUGCCACCUUCUGCCCUUUUGCAUGUCCUGCUAAUAGCCAUUACAACCCAUGCACCAGCGCAUGUCCUGCAACCUGCACUGACCCUCUUGCACCAAACAACUGCAGCAAACCUUGUGUAGAGGGAUGUGAAUGCAACGAUGGUUUUGUCAUCAGUGGGGCACAGUGUGUAUCCAUGAGCAACUGUGGCUGCUUACAGAAUGACAAAUACUAUGAGAAAGGAGAAACUUUUUGGCAAACAAACUGUGCUGGCCAAUGUGAAUGUGCUGGAAAUGGGACAGUGCAUUGCAAUUCAGACACAUGCGAAGCAAGUGAAGUUUGCAAGGUGCAGAAUGGACUCCUGGGGUGUUAUCCAUUAAAUCCCAGUACUUGCCACAUUUUUGGGGAUCCACAUUACGUAACCUUUGAUGGGAGACUGUACCAUUUUCAAGGAGACUGCAAUUAUACAGUUGUCGAGACUUGCACAAACUCUUCUGAAUGGUUUUCAGUGACAACUAGAAAUAAGCAUAGAGGAAAUCCAAACUGGACAGCCUUGGAUUCAGUUGCUGUCACACUGAAAAAUCUUCAUAUUGUUGUGAGGAGAGACAAAGAGACCUUCGUGGAUGGAGUUCAGGUUUUCCCUCCCGUGGAUUUGAAGCAUGGAGCUAGAGUAGCCAUAAAAGGACAUUAUGUAGUUAUUGAUACCUCUGUAGGGAUCCAGGUGAAGUUUGAUGGUGACCAGGACCUUUUUAUUCAGGUUGAUGAAAGUCUCAGAGGGCAGUUAUGUGGUUUGUGUGGGACAUUCAAUGACAACCAGCUGGAUGAUUUUCUAAAACCGGAUAAAGUACUAGAACAAGAUCCAAAUAAAUUUGGUGACAGCUGGCUAGUGAAGGAUGAUGACUGGGUAUGUAAUCCAGUUGCAGUUGUACCACCCACCUGUGACACAGGAAAAGAGAAAGAAUAUGAAGAAAUCUGUAAAAUUAUUUUGAAAAAUAGUGGGCCUUUUGAGGUUUGCCAUUGGUACAUUCCACCACAGCUGUACUUUGAGAGUUGUGUCUAUGACCUGUGUGCCACAGAGGGGAAUUCUGAUCAAUUCUGCAAAAUCUUAGAGGCAUAUGCUGCUGCCUGUGAGCUGGAAGGUGUAAAUCUGGGAGAAUGGAGGAAAGAUACCAUCUGUGCUGCACCAACAGCCUGCAAUAUGUCCUGCACAUUUGAUGUUGACUUCUGUGAGUGGAAACAGGCAAUCAAUGACGACUUUGACUGGAUAAGGAACAAGGGGCCAACACUCUCACCAAAUACCGGCCCUUCCCAUGACCAUACAACAGGAGAUGGGUAUUAUAUCUACCUGCAAGGAAGUCAGCAUAAACCAGGUGAGACGGCGAGCUUGGUCAGCCCAGUGUGCAGUUCAACAGGACCACACUGCUUCCGCUUCUGGUAUCACAUGUACGGAGUGGCUGAAACCAUGGCCCUGCGGGUGUAUGUACUACACAAUAAGACAUCAACACUGGAAUGGAAAGAAGCAGGAAGCAAAGGAGACAGAUGGAUCUUGGGAGAGGUCACAGUGCACAGUACCGGAAACUUGCAGAUUCUCCUAGAGGGAAUGAUAGGUGAAGAUUUCCGCAGUGACGUGGCACUGGAUGAUCUGUCCAUUGAACAGGGAUACUGUCCAGGUGAUGUGACCCCAGCACCAGGCCCCGGCACCACCACAACUGUGACACCAGCACCACAGCCAGGCUCAGGAACGUGUGUGGUGGAGGGAGACCCUCACUACCACACGUUUGACAAGCAAAUACACCACUUCAUGGGCAACUGCACCUACACCCUCUCCAAGCUGUGCGAGAGCAACAGCUCGCUGCCCUACUUCAACGUGGAAGCGGCCAACGAAUACAGAGGAGGCAACACUCGCGUGUCCUAUGUCCAGUACGUGGAUGUGGAUGUGUAUGGGCAGCGCAUAAGGCUUGGGAAGGAUGGCGUGGUGACGGUCAACGGAGAGCCAGAGGUGCUGCCCUGCACCCCAUCCGUGGGCGUGCAGGUCUCGUCCAGCGGGUUCUACACCAUGGUCACGACAGACUUUGGCUUGAGAGUGAAGUUUGAUGGGAACCAUCGGGUGGAGGUGACGCUUCCAAGCGCCUUUGGGCAGAAGGUUUGUGGCAUGUGUGGCAACUACAACGGGAUGGCAGCAGACGACUUCCUGAACCCAGACGGGGUGCGGGAGCCAGACUCCACCAGCCUGGGUAACAGCUGGCAGGUGUCCAACGACAGCAGCUGCUCAGCCGGAUCGCCGUCCCCGCCAGCCUGCACUGAGGCAGACAAGCAAGUCAUUGUCAGCAGCAACUUCUGUGGGCUCCUCACAGGCACCAGCAGCCCGUUUGAGGUGUGCCACGCUGUGCUGAGUCCCAGCGGUUACUUCGACACAUGCGUUUAUGACCUGUGUGAGCUGGGGCUUGAUCGCGAGGCACUGUGCAACAGCUUGCAGUCCUACGCAGAUGCCUGCCAGGCGCUUGGCGUCCAGAUCCCCGUGUGGAGGAACGCAACAUUCUGCCCCAUCACGUGUCCAGCCAACAGCCACUACGAGCCCUGUGCUGCAGCUUGCCCUGCUACAUGUGUUGACCCUAUGGCUCCUGUUACGUGCGGAUUGCCGUGCGUGGAGGGAUGCGUAUGCGACAGCGGGUACCUGCUCUACAACAAGCAGUGUGUGCCCAGCCAGCAGUGCGGGUGCUGGCACAACGGGCAGCACUACCCAGUGGGCUCAGAGUUCUGGACGGACAACACCUGCUCGUCUAAGUGCACGUGUCCCACACGGGGAGGCAAAGUCCAGUGCUCCAGUGCGUCGUGCCCUGCAGGCCAGUUCUGUGGAGUGCAGAAUGGGAAACCCGAGUGCAUGGAUCACUCCUACGGCAUCUGCCACGUCCACGGGGACCCUCACUACAACACCUUUGACAAGGUGACGCACAACUUCAUGGGGAACUGCACGUACACCCUGGCCAAAGUGUGCUCCAACACCUCCGUGCCCUACUUCAAUGUUGAGGCAAAGAACGAGCAUCGGGGCAACCCCCGAGUGUCCUACGUGCGUGAAGUCGUGGUCAACGUGUACGGAGAGCGCAUUACAAUACUCAAGCAGGAGAGGAGCCGAGUGCUGGUGAACGGUGAGUACCGGACCUUGCCAGUGAGCGCAGCAGGAGGAGCCAUCACCGUGAGAAGUAGCGGCCGCUACGUGGUCCUGGAGACAGACUUCAGCCUCCAAGUGUCUUAUGAUGCUGACCACUCGGUGGAGGUGAAGGUGCCCACCAGCUACUUCAACCUGACCUGUGGCAUGUGCGGGAACUUCAACAACCGGAGAGAGGACGAUUACAUGAUGCCAAAUGGGCAGCAAGCCGCAGACUCCAAUGCGCUGGGGGAGAGCUGGCAGGUCCCCAGCAGUGACCCCAGCUGCGGCGUGCCCCCACCACCAGAGCCCUGCCCUGCGGAUGACAAGAAGCUCUACGAGUCCGAGCAGUUCUGUGGCAUGCUGACAGCCAGACCAGGCUUUUUUGAGAGCUGCCACGGUGUGAUCAACCCACAGAGCUACUUUGAGACCUGCUCCUAUGACCUUUGUGCCAUGAGUGGUGCGCAGGAGGUGCUGUGUGGUGCGCUGGAAGCCUAUGCUGACGCAUGCCAGGCAGCUGGUGUGACUCUGCUCCCCUGGAGGAAUGCCACCUUCUGCCCCCUGCCGUGCUCUGCCAACAGCUACUAUGACCCUUGCAUGACUGGCUGUCCUGCCACCUGCGUUGACCGACACGCCCCACAGAACUGUUCCAAGCCCUGCGUCGAGGGCUGUGCGUGUGCCUCUGGCUUCCUCCUCAGUGGUGACACCUGUGUGCCCGAGGCCAGCUGUGGCUGCCUCUUUGAGGGCAACUACUACAGCGAAGGCCAGUCCUUUGUGAGCGAGAACUGCUCCCGCCAGUGCCGCUGUGAAGUCAGUGGCCAGAUGGUUUGCUCUGCAUUGUCCUGUGGUGAGGAAGAGGUCUGCAAGAUCCAGGACGGCCAGCGGGGCUGUUUCCCAGCCAGCUGGGGACAGUGCCACAUCUACGGCGACCCGCAUUACAACACCUUCGAUGGGAAGCUUCACCACUUCCAGGGCUCCUGCAACUACACGGUGGUGACGGCCUGUGACAACUCCUCCCUUGGCUUCAGCAUCACCACUCGCAACGAACAUCGGGGCAACCCGAGCUGGACGGCUCUGAACUCUGUGGCACUGUCCGUGGAAGGCGUCCACAUUGCACUGCGCAAGAAGAAGGCCGUCUAUAUCAACGGUGCUCUGGCCAGCCUGCCUGCUUCUCCAACGCCCAAUGUGAACAUUUCCCUGAGUGGCUCCUACGUGCAAGUCUCCACCAAGCUGGGCCUGCAGCUGCAUUUCAACGGGGACCAGGAGCUCCUGGUGAGGGUGUCGGAGAAGUACAAGGGCAAGCUGUGCGGGCUGUGUGGGACAUACACGGGCAGCAAGGAAGAUGACUUCAGGAGACCUGAUGGGGUUGUUGUGCCUGACGUCAAUGACUUUGGAGCCAGCUGGAUGGUGCCGGAUGAUGAGUGGAAGUGUAACACGACCAUCCCCCCACCUGUGUCUUGCUCCCCCUUGGAGGAGGAGGCAGCUAACAAGAAGUGUGAAAUACUCACACAAGCCGGUGGCCCGUUCGAGCCAUGCCACUCAGUUCUGCCACCCCAGGAGUACUUUGAGAGCUGUGUCUAUGACCAGUGUGGCACGGGUGGCAGCACGGAGCAGCUGUGCGAUGACCUGAGCUCCUACGCUGCAGCCUGCGCUGCGGCAGGGGUUACUCUGGGAGACUGGAGCGCUGGCACGGUCUGCGGUCCAUCAACACCAACGCCCACAGUUUCCUUGCCAGGCACCUCAACGAAGCCUCCAAGUCCAACACCCCCUGGGAUAAGCACACCAGCCUGCAACUUCACCUGCACGUUUGACGUCGACUCUGUGAAUGGCUACUACAUCUACCUGCAUGGCAGCGAUCCCUACCCCGGCUUUGUGUCACAGCUGGUCAGCCCGGUGUGCAAUUCAACGGGAGCACACUGCUUCCGCUUCUGGUAUCACAUGUACGGAGUGGCUGAAACCAUGGCCCUGCGGGUGUACGUGUCUCGGGACGGAGAGCUAGUGGAGGUCUGGAAAAGCGUCGGGAACCACGGGGACAGAUGGAUCUUGGGAGAGGUCACAGUGCACAGUACCGGAAACUUGCAGCUUGUCCUUGAGGGAGAAUGGGGAGAAGAUUUCCGCAGUGACGUGGCACUGGAUGAUCUGUCCAUUGAACAGGGAUACUGUCCAGGCGAUGUGACCCCAGCACCAGGCCCCGGCACCACCACACCUGAGACAGAAACAUCCACACCAGCACCACAGCCAGAAGGUCCAUCAACACCAAAACCUGGGACACCCUUGCCAGGCAUCACAACGCCACCUCCACACCCAGCAACGACAACACCAAGCUCAGAAGGUCCAUCAACACCAAAACCUGGGACACCCUUGCCAGGCAUCACAACGCCACCUCCACACCCAGCAACAACCACACCAAGCUCAGGUCCAUCAACUCCAAAACCUCAGCCACCCUUGCCAGAUAACACAACAACACCUCCACACCCACCAACUCCAACAACACCUUCACCAAGUUCAGGCCGUGCUUCCUGCAGUGCCUCUGGGGAUCCACAUUACAACACUUUUGACCACAAAGUUCAUAAUUUCAUGGGAAACUGUUCUUACACCCUCUCCAAAGUGUGUAAUAUCUCUCAGAAUAUUCCAUACUUUGAUGUGUCCACAACAAAUGAGCACAGAGGAUCCAACACCAAAGUCUCUUACGUGAAGUCAGUGCAAGUGGAAGUCUAUGGCUACCAGAUUUCUUUGCUGAAAAACAAGAAAGUGAAUGUGAAUGGCAGCAGAAUGAAUCUACCCAUAUUUAUUGAAAAGAAGAUCAGUAUUCAAAACAGUGGUGGUUAUGUUCUCUUGGAAACUGACUUUGGACUGUGGGUGAGAUUUGAUGGAAAUCACUAUGCAGAAGUAUCUGUGCCAUCUGAUUACAGGGGUCUGCUCUGUGGCCUCUGUGGUAAUUAUAAUGGUGAUCCAAAUGAUGACAACAUAAAGCCUAAUGGUGACACUGCAAGUAAUUCCAAUGAGCUUGGACAAAGCUGGCUUGUACCUGAGAAUAACACCAUGUGCUCUGUUGGAACAGAAGACAAGUGUGAUGCUGUGCUGGAGAGUGAAGCAAAGAAGAAUACAGCAUGCGGCAUGAUCACAGACCCAACAGGAAUCUUCAAGGAUUGCCACAGCAAAGUGCCUCCAGAAAAUUUCUUCAAUAAUUGUGUUUAUGACGUGUGUUUUACUGACGGACAGGCAACAUCCUUAUGCUAUGGACUACAGGCCUAUGCUGAGUCAUGUAUCAAUGCUGGAAUAUGUAUAGAGUGGAGAAAUGCUACUCUUUGCCCAAUGUCCUGUCCUGGAGGCAGCAUCUACAAAGGCUGUGGUACUAGGUGUCCCUCUACUUGUGUGAGCUCCUCGGCUGCUAAUACCUGUAGUACAUUGCCGGUGGAGGGUUGCUUCUGUAAGGACGGCUAUGUUCUGAGCGGAGACACAUGUGUGCCAGAAAGCAGCUGUGGUUGUCUGGACAACAAAAACCACUAUCAUGAGCUGGGUGAAAGCUGGUUCACCAAUCAUGCCUGCACUGAACGCUGCACUUGCAAUGCUAAUAAUGUGAUCAGUUGUUCAUCCUGGGAGUGUGGAGUACGAGAGGAAUGCAGUGUUAAGGAUGGUGUGCUAGGCUGUCAUUCCAAUGGCCAAGUAACAUGUCAGGUGGCAGGAGAUCCCCACUAUUUCACUUUUGAUAAAUUGAUGUACACAUUUGUGGGUACCUGCACUUACACCUUGGUUAAGUCUGUCAGCCACAAUGUCAACCCAAUAACCAUCCUUGGCAAGAAUGAAGACCGAGGGCUAAGAGGUGCCACAUACCUGAAAGAAGUCUACAUAGAUGUGUAUGAUACACGAAUCACCCUUCGGAAAAGCAAAGAAAUCCUGCUGAACAACCAAAGGGUUUACACCCCAGUGGAGAACCGGGUGCGGGGUGUGUCCAUUGGAAAUGUUGGCAAUUACCUGGUAGUGGAAACAGACUUUGGUGUGAUAGUGAAAUAUGAUGGUGAUGACCACCUGGAAAUAACCCUUCCACAGUCUUACUUCUCAAAGGUACAAGGCAUGUGUGGUAACUUCAAUGAUGAUUAUAAAGACGAUCUGUCCUUGCCCAAUGGCACAAUUGUCAGUGUCACUCAGUUUGGAAAUAGCUGGAAAGUAGAAGAAGACAGUGAUGCAGGUUGUUUAUCAGACUCGAGAGAAGAUGAUGUUCCUCCUUGCACCAGUGAGAAUAAACCAAUCAUUGAAAGCCAGUGCAAUGUCCUAAAAUCAGACAAAUUCAAAGCAUGUCAUCAUCUGGUGAAGCCUGAAGACUUCAUAAAGAUCUGCACCUAUGACAUGUGUCAAUAUGAUGGCAUGAAGUCUGCUCUCUGCGACAUAGUUCAGUUCUAUGUGGACACCUGCAGGAAUCAAGGAGUCACCAUUACAUGGAGGAAUAGCACAUUUUGUCCAUUGCCCUGUCCAUCCCACAGCCAUUACACAGCCUGUGCCUCUGCCUGCCCUUCAACAUGCAAUGACAUUUUUGCCUCAUCCCUUUGUGAGAAGACAGAAUCAUGCACAGAGGGCUGUGAGUGUGAUGAUAACUAUGUGCUCAGCAAUGACAAGUGUGUUCCUCUCAGCAACUGUGGCUGCAGGGAUGAUGACAACAAUUACUACAGUGCUGGGGAGACCUGGAUUACUCCACACUGCGCCAAAAGAUGUCAGUGUCAGCGGAAUGGUGUCAUCAAAUGUCAGAGUUAUGGAUGUGAUUCUAAAGAAUCCUGCUUGAUCAAAAAUGGAAAAUACAAGUGCAAUCCAACAGGUUUUGGCAUGUGCCGGAUCAUAGGAGAUCCACAUUAUAUCACAUUUGAUGGUUUGGUUCACCACUUCCAAGGGAAAUUCACAUAUAUUCUGACUCAGACCAUCCCUGGCCUACCUGAUACUCUGACACCGUUCAGUGUUGAAGGCAUGAACUUCCCUCUUCGUCUAAAUCGGCGCAUUACUUACCUGAAAGAGAUUAUCAUCAACGUUUACAAUCACGAAGUGAGAUUCAGGCAAGGCAAGCAGAUACUGUUGGAUGGUGUGAAGGUGAGAGCCCCUAUUCGUCCCCAUGAUGGUAUUCAUAUAUACCAGAGGAUAACAAGAGUUUACCUGGAGACAGAUUUUGGCUUAUACCUGAGCUACGAUGGUGAUCAAAAUGCAGAUAUAAAGCUGGCCAACACCUACAACAACAGAGUAGAAGGCUUGUGCGGUAACUUUGACGGUAGAUAUAAAAAUGACUUCACAAACCCUGAUGGUGUUUGGCUGAAGAAUGUGAAUGCAUUCGGUGAGAGCUGGAAGGUCCCUGUGAAAAGAAGAGCCUCUCGUUUCAGGCGAGAAACCACCAUGGAAAAUGAGCCUGAUGAGGAACCAGAUACAGGGCUCUAUCAAGGCUGCAGUGAAAAUAAGCUGAUGCAAGAAAACAGCACUUCUAAAUGUCAAAUUCUGACUGCAUUGGACGGUCCUUUUGCAAACUGUCAUUCUGCAGUUCCACCAGAGCCCUAUUCCAUGAACUGCAUCUUUGAUAUGUGUGUGGAGGAAGAUGGCACUGACACAUUAUGUCGCCAUCUGAAAGAAUACGUGCUGGCUUGCCAGGAGCAAGGAGUCAAUAUAGAAGGCUGGAGGCAACAGACAGGUUGUGAGAUGGUGUGUCCACCCAACAGCAAAUACAACUCAUGUGUGACUGCAUGCCCUGCAUCCUGCAGCGACAUGACCAGCCCGUCUGAGUGUGAAUUGCCUUGUACUGAAGGCUGUGAAUGUCUCCCUGGCUACGUUCUUAGUGACUCUAACUGUGUGCCUUACAGAGAAUGUGGCUGCACAUACCUUGACAAAUAUUAUGAGAUUGGAGAAGUGUUCACCACUGAUGACUGCUCCCAGAAAUGCCGGUGCACAGAGAGCUCCACCGUCACCUGCUCUAACAUAGCAUGUGGUUCGGAUGAAAUCUGUGAUGCUGCAAACUACACUCGUGGGUGCUACAGGAGAGGACCAUGUAUGCCAAGUCCUUGCCAGAAUGAUGGAAUUUGCUCUGAAACAACUAAUGACACCUCUGGCAACUACUACUGUGAAUGUACAGAGCUGUACACAGGAAGAAGCUGCGACAUUGAAAGGAUAGAUGACUCAAGUAUCCCAGAGAGUUCUCAGAGCAAUACAGUUGCCAUCGCUGUUGGAGUUACAGUAGCAGUGGUUGCUGUCAUCAUUCUCAUCACCUCUGCAGUGUAUCUGUUCAGAAAGAACAGCAGAAAGGCAAAUGUAAAUAUCGGUGCACAGAAUGCAUCUUUGCACAAGUCUGAGGAUACACCAGGUGACGGAGUACGUGAACACAAUUACGGCUACGUGGUGAACGCUGCAUUUGACCGAGAUGAACCCCACAGCACAUACCUGUAGUUACCAUGUUUUGCUGUCUUUUUUUUUGUUUUGUUUUGUUUUUCAAUUCAUAUGUAUUACUUUCUGCUCUUGUAUUUUAAUAUUUCUAACACUUUCAAAAUAAUAAAUAAAUAAUUGCAUUUA